GAGUGAUUCAAAUAAAUACUGUGCCCCACAAUCCAUUGCAUAUUCCACAAGACACUACGAGGUCAUUACAAGGAAAAUGAAGACAUUUCUUGUGGUUCUCUUGGCUCUCUUCCUGCCCAUCAUAUAUGCCCAGGUACCUCACUGGGGCCCAUGCCCAGAGCCUGCUACCCAACCUGCUUUUAACCUAAAUAAGUUUAUGGGGAGGUGGUUUGAGAUUGCUAAACUUCCAGCACAGUUUGAGAGAGGGAGAUGCAUUGAAACUAACUUUACUCUCAAGCUGGAUGGAAAUGCCCAUGUAGUGAGCUCUGAAAUUCUAAAAGGAGAGCUAAGAAAAAUUGAAGGGACAGCUGUGGUGGAAGAUAAAAAAAAUCCAGCAAAGCUUGGAAUCAGUUUCUCUUACGUUUUGCCCUACACUCCAUACUGGAUUUUGUCUACCGAAUAUGAAAAUGUAGCAGUGGUGUAUUCGUGCACUGAUGUCUUGAGACUGUUCCAUGUAGACUUUGCAUGGAUUUUGGGCCGCAGCCGAUCAUUGCCUGCUGCCACCAUUGACCAUGGAAGAGAGGUUUUUACCAACAACAACAUCGAUGUAAGUCGGAUGAUUUUAAGCAGGCAGCAGGGCUGUGACAAAGCCUUUGAAUGACAGCAUGAAUUUUGUUGACAGCAACAAUAAUCUUCCUUCCAGUGUUAAGAUGCUUUUGAUUGAAGGCAUUGUGGACUACUAAUGUAAUCAAGUAAUGGUAAACAUAAUAUGGAAAGUUCAGAGUUUGGCCAUGGACUCAUUACAUCUGUAACUUUUCUUUUUUUAAAAGGUUUGUUAUUUGUUGAAUUCACAGAAUUGAAAGCACACGAUUCCAAUUGAUCAAAAUAAAUUACAGAGCACUAACCAAAACCAUGUGAUAUUUUUUUUUUUUUACUGAGCAGUGUCCCUUUAACUUGACAAGAGUUGUUUUUUUGUACAUUUAGCACCUCCUUGUGGUCACAAAUGAAAUUAAAAUAAAUAAAUA